CCUCCUCCGUUAGCAUCAUCAGUACUCUUCAUUUUUGCUUCUCUUGUCCGCCCAACACUCUCUUGCUGCCAACCCAACCAGUCAAUCAUUACCUCAUUCUUUGCACAUCAUCUCUACUUGUUCCAAGUCACCAUGCAUCCCACCACAGUCUUUUCCCUCUUGGCCUUGGUCCUGGCCGACAAAGCAUGGUCUCACAGACACGCCCCAGCUCCGGAAACCACGGGCAAGUCCGAAGCUAUUCCUGUGACGGCUUCAGAUCCAUGGGACAUGGAUGACCUUGGCCCUGUGUCGUUCCGCACUGAGAGGCCCGAGACAGCCAUUCUUGACAUUGAUACUCUCGAAGCUUCGACAACUACGCUGACUGGGAUGGGGUCAACGACAAUGACAAUGACCACCACCGCGCCGGUUCAAGUCGAGUCUGUCAUUAUUUACGAAUCGAGUUCAACAACCACAACAACCGUGCCCUCUUCUGACGAGCCCUCUUCUACAACCUCUACCGAUACACCCAUCUUGACGUCCAGCACGACCAUCACGUCAGCCCCAACUGGCGACGCACUGACGACAGUCGAUGACCUCACGCGUGGCCCGAACACGGUUCAGCUCCCCAUGUCGUCUGCGGCCCCAGUUAUCGUCAUCAAUGUUCCUUCAGACUCGUACUCGUCAGGCUACACGACUGAGACUAUCUGGUCCUCCGUUUGGGAGCCCAGAAACAUAGCCGUCAAUACCGUUACCAGGUCCGCUGCUUUUUACGUCCCUGCCUCCAGCUCCAAACCCAGUGAAACACCGGCUCCCACUGGCAAGAGCAGCGGUGCUUCGACGGCGCGAUCAGGGGCUGGUGUCAUUGUCAUGACAGGUGUUGGUGCGUUGGCCGCAUGCUUCAUGAUGCUUUGAGUGUGGGGAUGUGGUUGGCAGCAGCAGAGUGGAUGAUAAGGUCUGGAUGACAGGUUUCUGUCUACUCGGUGGACGCGAGAGAAUAAGCUGCACUUUUGCGUUUGUGCGUGCAUGAUUGCACACACAGCAUCAACUUCCUAAUGUCCGGGGGUACAAACAUAUUCAGAGGCCACCCGGAACCGUCCCUAAAAGUUCUUCUAGUAGUAGUAGUAGUAAUUCAACAUGAUUCGCUCCCAAUGCUAUCUUUUGCCGUCU